UCCUACAUAGAAAGAGUCCCUCGACGUGAAAGAAGAAGUAGUCACGUACGAGAAUAUUCUGGAUGUCAUGGAAUAACCCAGAAAUGUCUGGUGACAUCUAGAACGUCAGAAAACUAUAUAAACAUUAUGUGUUUGACAUUCUAUAGUUCAGUUGUAAUUCAGAUUUAGUAGUCGACAGUUGUCAGUUUGUUAAAGUUUAUAUUGUAUUUGAGUUUGAAUAAAGUUACUUUGAAAAAGUUGUAACAUUGGUGACAGCGGUGGGAUUUAAGAGAUAUUGAAGAAGAUAUUGAGAAUUGUUUAUGGUAAAUACCAGAUCAUCUAAAGUUGAGAAGGAAAUGGAUACAUCCGGACCACCAGCAUGGUUUUUAAAAAUGAAAGAAAAUGAAGAGAAACGUAGGCAAGAAGAGAAAGAAAAUGAAGAGAAACGUAGGCAAGAAGGGAAAGAAAAUGAAGAGAAACGUAGGCAAGAAGAGAAAGAAAAUGAAGAGAAGCGUAGGCAAGAAGAGAAAGAAAAUGAAGAGAAACGUAGGCAAGAAGAGAAAGAGGAAGAUAAAAAGCUUAGAAAAGAAGAGGAGGAGAGGCGUAGACAAGCAGAGGUAGAAAUUAUGAAUAGUUUGUCCCAAAUUCACGAGCAUUUUCAGUUAGAGUUACUAAUGUCGAAUCCGAACAAACAGCCCUUUCCUCUUCCAUCGUUGAUCCAGGCAUAAUUAGAAGUAGCAAAAUUUUAAAACCACCCACGUUUGAUGGCCAAACAGCGUGGGAA